AUGCAUGCACGUUAUUGGUUUAUUUGUUUGAUAUGAAUCAUUGCGUUCAAAUCCAAUUCAAAAUAACUUGAAAUUGGUAACUUAUACUUAGAAUUAAUAAUCUUAAAAAUUACAUUAAGAUUUAUACAAUUUAAUUGUACAAUUAAAUUGAAAAAUUUAAUAAUAUUUGCUAUUACUUCAUUUUUUUUAACUUAACCUAAAUUAUUAAAUCUUUAACCAACGAUUAAUUGCUAUAAGAAUAAAAAUAAAUAAAUAUUUAAAACGAUUAAUGAAACAUCUUUUUAUUAAGUGUAUUUGAAUAUGCUAAUAAUUUUAAUAAUUAAACUUAAAUUUUAAUGAUAUAUAAUAUUAAUAAUAUACAAAAUAAUUAUUUUUUAAAUAAAUAUAAUGUAAUUAUUAAUUUAAAACAAUGAGUGAAUUUAAAUUACAUCAUUUAGUGGUUGAAUUAAUUGGAUUACUUGGAUCAUCUUCUGCACCGGAAAAACAUGUAGAAAAAUUACAAAAAGAAGGAAUACCAACAAGUGCAAGUGCUUUAACUAUAGUUGCAUCGCAAAGUUCUGUUCGUAAUUUAGCAAAAAAUUCUCCUGUUCCUGAAUUAUUUCUACAAAAAUAUGAAGAAUUAAAAGCAAAAAAAGUAGAUUUAUUAGGUUUAUUCAUUCAAGUAUUGGAAUUGAUAUCUGAAGAUAAAGAAUUAAAGAGUUAUUUGACUAAAGAAGCAUCAGCUUUAACAUCAAUUUCCACAAAAAAUGCUGCUAUUACUACAGAGGAUCUACCACAGAUAUGUAAGAAUGUAAUUAAAGCUGCAGUUGAAGGAGAAAAGAAAUUAAAUAAACAAGUAUGUGCAAUUUCAAAGAAAGUAGAACCAUCUGUAAUAAAACAUAACUGGGUUCAUGAGAGACCUAGAAUAACUUGGGACUUUUAUAAUGAACUAAAUGUGAUGCCAUGUCAAAAAGUUGUACCAAUAGUUUCUCAAGAAUCUAUACUACUUUGGGAUAUUUUAUAUUGCUUAAAAGGUAUAGAUGGAAUUUAUAUUGUUUCUGAACCUUUAACAAGUCCAUAUGCAAUGAAAACAUUCAAUAUAUCUCCAGAUGUUUGUAUAUCUUAUAAACAAUUGACACAACAAAUAUUACCUCUUGCAUCUCACUAUUCUAUGACAGCUAGAUUUGUGGAAGAAAAAGUUUUACCAGAAGAUGGUCAAGUAAAUCAUGCUUUGAGAGAAGCCAUAAAAACUUUAUUAAAAGAUUAUUUAUUAUUUGUUGUACAAUUAGAAAUGGAACAUGUACGGGGUAAAUUAAAUUUGCAAAAAUUAUGGUUCUAUAUUCAACCAACUAUGAUAGCAAUGACUAUUCUUUUUCAAAUUACAUCAACUAUAUGUAAGGCCAAUGCAAAAGGUGGGAAAGUGCUUAGUCUUUUGCAUGAACAAGCAAAUAAUAUUAGUGGAGAAGCAAAAUUUAGAGAAUUAUGUUUGUUUCUUAUACAAGCAGCAAGUGUUCCAUAUAUGCAAAUGUUAGAAAAAUGGGUAUAUAAAGGAGUGAUAUGUGAUCCAUAUGAAGAGUUUUUUGUGGAAGAUAAUGAAUUAAUUCAUAGAGAGGAAUUACCUAUAGAUUAUUCUGCAGAUUAUUGGGAAAAAAGAUAUACUAUGAGAUCAGAGAGAACUCCUACGUUUCUUAAUGAACAGGCACAAACAAUUCUAAGAACUGGAAAAUAUUUUAAUGUUAUUAGACAAUGUGGUAAGACAAUUCAAUGGGGAAAACAAGAACCUCUGAUUUAUCAACAACAAGGACAAAAAUAUAUAAGUGCUAUUGAUAGAGCAUAUUCUGAAGCAGCAAAGACUUUAUUAGAAGUUCUUAUCCAUGAAAAUGAUUUAAUGGGUCGACUUCGUAGUCUGAAAAAUUAUUUUCUUCUUGCACAAGGAGAUUUUGUAGUUCAAUUUAUGAAUCUUUGCGAAACUGAAUUAAAUAAAAAUAUGUAUGAUAUUGUUAUUCAUCGACUAGCAUCUCUUCUUGAAGUUGCGUUACGUAUGUCUACUGCAGAUUCAGAUCCAUAUAAAGAUGAUUUAAAGCCAGAGCUUUUACCAUAUGAUUUACAAUUUCAAAUGUUUAGAAUACUUUCUAUUCAAACUAGAGAAGAGAAAGAAUAUAGUUUCCAGACUGAUAAAAUCUUAACUGGUUUGGAUGCAUUUGUAUUUAAUUAUGAUGUUAAAUGGCCUGUUUCUUUAAUAUUGAAUAGAAAAGCAAUAGCUUGUUAUCAAAUGCUAUUCAGACAUUUAUUUUAUUGCAAAUAUAUCGAAAGACGUUUAUGCAGAGUAUGGGUAAGCAAUAAAAUUGCUAAAACUUUUACUCACAAUGUAGCAAUGUCCUAUAGACAAGCAUUUUCGUUAAGGCAACGAAUGCUUGAUUGUAUUCAACAUUUAGCAUAUUAUAUGAUGGUUGAAGUUAUAGAACCAAAUUGGCUUACAUUUAUAAAUAAAAUGAACAAGGUCAGUAAUGUGGAUGAUGUUCUAAGUGUGCAUCAAGAUUUACAAGAUAGUUAUUUGAAGGAAUGCAUGUUAACAGAUCCUGAUCUUCUUGGCUGCAUAACAGGCAUUUGUGCUGCUUGCCUUGAGUUCUGCAACUUUAUGGAGCGUAUGAGCCCAUACUACAUUGACGCCGAAUUAACAUCCAUGAUUGGUGCCUAUCAGGAAGAUGUCUAUGAUUCUGAGGAUGAAGAUGGCGAUACAUCUAAAGAGAAUGCAGCCAGUUUUGAAGAAACAAUUAUAUCGCUGGAUGAAAAAUUUACUCAAGUAUUAAUUCGUCUCUUAGAUAGAAUAUGUAAUCUAGGAUAUGAUAAUAAUAAUGAAAAACUUCUUAAUGUGUUUUGUAGGUUAGAUUUCAAUUUAUUUUAUACCGACAUUUUAAUAAAACGUGGAAGAGAAAAAACAAUACAAGAAGAUAUUUCUGGUUAA